AUGGCGUCUGAAACGCAGUCCUUCUACACCUCGACAUCUGCGGCGCAGAUCUCCUCGCAUGCCUCGCCAGCGGUGGAUGAAUUCAUCAGCAAGUACUCCACCAUGACCAAUUCGAGCGUGGUGUCGGUCAGCGAUCCGUCCCGCAAGAAACGCCGGAAUGUCCUGCGGCGCUUCGUCGACCGCGUCCGUCUUGAAUACUAUCGCUAUGAAGUCACGUACGGCAUUUAUACUAUGACUCCCGGUGAAAAAGCCGUCGCCAACACCUUCGUCGUGGUUGUCCUGUCGCUUCUUCUCUGGACCGCGCUGUUCUACUUCCCUUCACUGCUCUACCGGAAGCUCAGCCGACUCAUCUGGUUGCUGACCGGUCAUUCCGGCGAGGAGAUGAGUGUCGUUUGGACAGCGUUCGAUACGCAUGGCGAUGCGAUGUCUUCCGCAAGCAGUGCGCUGAAUCUUUGA